AUGAGAGACCAAUUAAAGCUGUCCAUGGAAUUAAAGGCUAUCCUUGCUUCAGAUGACCUUAAUACUUUUAUGCAAGCAAAAGUCAAAAGAGGUGGGGUUUAUGGAAAAGAAAAGAAAACGAUUCUUCAUUUGGCUGCUAAAUACUGCCAAAGUAUUGCCAUCCCAUACUAUUGUGUAUAUAAAUUAUUCAUUAUUUAAUUAAAUUCUACUUAAUUUUUUAAUUUUUUAAAUAAAUUUCUCUAUCCAUUUUAUUUAACCUAAACCAUCAUAAAAGUCAAUCCAAAGACGAAGACCAAGCGGUCCAACUCCAGCGCUCUUCAUUAUGCUUGUAUAUACGGAAAGCUGCAACUUGUCGAGUUUUUGGUUUCCUCUUGUAAGGUUCCUGUAGAUAUACAGAGGAAACAUGGAGAAACUCCUUUGCUGCUAGCGAUUCGGCACAAUCAUAAUGAACUGUCUGAGUUUUUGAUAAGCAAGAAUGCAGAUUUAAACGUCAAAGACAGCAAAGACUGGACUUUGGCCCAUUGGGCAGCCAAAAAUGGAAACUCAGGAUUGCUAUCCAAGUUGAUCAAAUUAGGAGCACCUUUUCAAGGAGUCACGAAGAGUUCAGAAUAUUGCUUGCACUUCGCUGCAAGCAGUGGAAAUGCAGACAUCGUCAAAGCACUUUUCCCUUACUUUUACCCUUUCGCAUGUGGCGAAAAAGGGACUGUACUUCAUUAUGCUAACUUCCCCCUCCAUAAUUGAACAAAAAAAUUAUAUAAAUUUAAAGUAAAAUGUUUUAUUCGAAAUUUAAAAAUUCCCAAUUGGAAAGCAAAUAUUAAUUUAUAAAAUUUAUGUUUAAAAUACAAGCUGCUAAACUUAAACAGAAUUAGCUAGACAUUUCAUUAUACUCAUUACUACUUAUAUUUAAAAAAUAUUUUUUCAUAAAAAUUUUUUUUGUUGGGGUGGGUUUUUUAGGCAUAACAAAGAAUUUUGCCAAUGGUUUUACUCGAUCACAGAGAGGGAGUAAGGGUAAUUGGGAAAUUGUAGAGUGGGUUAUUUCAAACACGAUUUGGCAGAAAAUGCCAAGAUUGAGUAUUUUAUUAGAUAUUGGGGCAAGCAGUAGCUUGAUAUUUCAGUAUUGUAAAGAAGAAAUUAACUUACUCCCCAUCAGUAAAAAAAAAAUGUUGUUCGCUCGCUGAGUGGAUUUUUUUUUCAAAAAUUUAUAUAUAAAUUUUAUCAUAAAUUUUUUUUUUAAUUAGCAAAAUUGGAAAUCAAAUAUUAAUUUAUAAAAUCUAUGCUUUAAAAUGCAAGCUGUUUAAAUUCCAACAGAAUGAGUUAAAGAUUCCAUUAUACUAAUAUUAUAUCAAAAUAUUUUUUCAUAAAAAAAUGGCAAGAUUUUUCCAAUGGUUUUAUUCGCUCACAGAGGAGGGAAAGUUAGGAGUUGUUUUGAUGUAUGAUAGAGCAGAUUUGUUAGAAAUUUUAUAUAUAAAUAAAAAAAUCCAAAUUCAAUUGUUGGUUCACGAAAAAUUAGGACCAAGAUGUACCGAAAAAAUCAAAAAGCUGGAAAGAUGGGAAAAUGUGAGAGGUCUACUUUUUGUAUAUAAACAUCAAAAUAUGUAUGCAAAAGUACCUUUGAGCCUUACCAGAGAGAUUUCCGAAUAUAUUUAA